UGAUUUACAACAUGUACUGGAUGCCAACAUAAUGGGCUGGAUCCUGUGUAUCGUGUCCUUUCUAAUCAUCUCCACCAACCUCCUGGUGGCUACCUCUCUUGUACUUCUGAUCCGAAAGCGAGGCUGCCGUAGCUGGUGUUUUGUCCUCAACCUCGCCCUGGCCGACAUCCUGGUGGGCUUGGCCAUAACUGUCAUCGCCAGUGAUGGACUUGAUCCCAGUGAGCACCCGAUACAGAAAAUGGACUGCCUCCUCCGCAUGGCCUUCGUUACUUGUCCGUCGGCCGCCUCUAUCCUCACCAUGUUCCUCAUCUCGCUGGAUCGUUAUGUGGCCAUCAAGCUGCCCCUGCGCUACACACGUAUCUCUACCAAGUGGGCGAGCGGUGGCUCCCUUGUGCUCGUCUGGGCUCUGGCAUCGCUGGGUUUCCUGCCCUGCCUGGUGAGAGAGAUGCAGUGUGAAGAGUACAAAGGCACGUGCACCUUCUUCUCCGUCAUCAAGCCACACAGCAUAAUUUUCAUCUUCUGCGCUAGCUUCUUCCCCGUGCUUGGCAUCUUCGUCUACUUCUACCUGGACAUCCUCAAGAUCGCCUGUGGGCACCAGCGGCAGAUAAGACAGGCCUGUAAGGCUGGGGCCCGCCACUGCCAGCCCAGUCGCUACUGGUGCCAUGUCAAGGCCCUGCGGACCGUGGCAUUGCUGGUGGGAUGCUUCACCCUCUGCUGGUGCCCGUUCUUCACAGUCAGUGUGGUCCAGGUGCUCUGCACUAACUGUAAGCUGUACCGCUUGCUGGAGAACCAUCUGUGGCUUCUGGGGCUUUCCAACUCCCUGGUCAACCCCCUGGUUUAUGCCUGCUGGCAGAAGGAGGUGAGGCAGCAGAUCUGCAUCAUAUUUUCCCACCUCAAGUGUAGUGACCGCUGCCGGGCCAGUAUGGACUCGAAGAAUGGCCACUUAGACAGACCUGGUCCUGUGACCACCCAGACAUCUUUGUUUAGGGAACAUCUCGGUGUUCCACUAACUUCACUCACAGUCCAUGAGCGCAUUGCCGUCACUGUGCCUUUAGCUAAGUAAGUGGUUUCCAAUGCAUGCUGAAGGUUGUCAUUUGGACGGCAUGAUUAAACUAUGAAAAUUCCUGUUUACCAUCAGCAGAAAAACACUCUGAUUCAUGAAAAUAGCGGCAAAAUUGGAAGCAACUGGACUGGUUAAUGGAUUGAGUGCCUUAGAAUGCUUUUUGAUUACUUUACAAGUAAUGCCCAUGUCAUGGAACAGAUGGGUCUGUUUGCUCUUUUGUUUUUGCUCUGUUUCAUCCACUGAACCAAUUGUCAUCUCCCUCUCUCUCUCUCUCUCUCUCUCUUAUCUUCUCUUUCUCUCCAGGAAUACCACAUGCAUUGGUUUUUACAGCCUAUGAAUGAUGUGCUUUUAUCUCUAUGCUCUAACAUUGUAUAUUUAUAGUCAUAGCUUGUAGAUUAGCAACUUUCAAUUAGGCCUGUUCACAACACAGUAUUGGAGUAUAGGCCUAUAUGC